AUGUUUCGAAGGCGACAAGAGGAGUUGCGAGGUCCGCCCGGCGAGGGCGAGGAGGAGACUGAGUCGCUCCUGGCCAAGGAGCAAGCGGAAGAUGCCAAGGCACCAUAUUCCAAGGCCGAAGAAGUGCUGCUGUUUUCCAAGCUGGUGGUGGGGCCUCAUGGUACCGGUCUUUUUGACGAAGAAGACCGGCUGCGGCGCAUCUGGAAGAAACACCCAGGCGCCCUCACAGCGGGGGCCAUCAGAGAGGCCCGUCAAGGGCUCAUGACUCAGGCUGGAACGCUUUGGAACAUCAGUGAGGCUGAGUUACCGCCCCUCUUCACGCAAUAUUGCAGACAGCAAGUCGUUGCGCCGUUGCCGGUAAGUCCAGCCCUGACUCAGGAACUUCUUACGCUGGCGCAGUGCUUGGGCCACUUGCUGAUGGGCAAGAUUGCGGCUGGCGCUGACAUCCUUUGUCAAAGGAUCAAAUGCGUUGAAAGCCUUGCAAGGGGCUACCAUUGGAGCGUGGGACGGCAACUGGAGUUGAUCCAUAGUGAGCAGAACUCCAUCGCUGAAGGUUCCGAAGCUUUGAGUGCAGCAAGACGCGCAAAGGAAGAGGAGAAGUUGAGGUCUCUGGUCAGCAAAGGAGGAGCUGGAAAGAGUGGCAGCAACUAUGAAGGUGGAAAAGGUGUGGCAUGUGGCAAGCGGCGAGAGGAGAAAUGUGAUGCGGCCGGCAAAGAAAUCCUUGUGGCAGAGGAUGCAUGGCGCGAAGUGGCAGAGAGUAUCACCCUCAGUGAGAUCGAUGCCCUGAUCUCUCAAGCUCGAAGUAGCGCUGAGGAAGCACAGGGGAGUCAGUUCGAGCCGACUUGGACGGACUCCCAACCUUUGAGUUUGAAUUCGAGUGGUGCAUGCCAGGGGAGUGGUAGCAGUAAGGAAUCCCACUCCCAAGCCCCGCUGCUGCGAGCACGAGCGCUAGUGCGGGCUUUUUUGGACGGUCCGGAAAGGACUUGUAGCCUUGAAGGUCUUGGUGGUCUCUUAAAGGAUGUCCUGAUUAUGUUUGAAAGUUUUCCUUGUUGCAGGCCCCGGCCCACUACAGGACGGAAAGACAUCUUUCCACUACCUGUGUCAGAACAUCCAGAGACCUCCAAGCGCGGCCAAUUUCUUCCUUUGGUGGCAGCCAGUCUCAACAGUAUGUAUGGCGUAGAUCACUCAACUGAGGCACGCCCGUCCUCUUUACGGGUCAUGAAAAGGCUUGCUGCUGUGGUGGAGCACUCUGAGAUUUUGGCUGAACCCCUUCCUGAAGUUUCUUUCUCAACCCUUUUUACUACCAAAGGUGUGGAUUACCAAGGUGAUGAGAUUCGGGUUGCUCGUAAAGUUGUCUGGGAAUCUAUUGAGGCGUCUUUACCGUCUCAGGUAGGUACUUUGGAUAUUCGGGAUUUUUGUCAUUCAGGGGUCCUUCACUAUAUCAACCACUUUGAGGAGUUCCUUAUCCCUGCGGCUGACCAGAUGGUAGGAAAACCACCCCGGGUUUUUGUGGAUGAUGAUGAAUGGGGCCGAGUGGCAAAUGGCCUUCUUGACAGGGGUAUCUGUGUUGCCCGGAAGCUUUCUGAUCUUCACUUCAUUGAUGGCUCCCCCCUGGUUAAUGGAUUGUUUGCAGUCUCCAAAGAUGAAUUUCAUGGGUCUGUCGAACUAUGUCGUUUGAUCAUGAAUUUGAAGCCUGUGAAUGCCCUUGCUCGUCCUCUGGAAGGGGAUACCUGCACUUUACCUAUGGUAACCCAAUUGGGUAGCCUCUAUUUGGAAGAAGGGGAACUCUUGUCCAUUUCUUCUGAGGAUCUCCGUUGCUACUUCUACUUGUUCAGCAUUCCGGAGGCCUGGCAAAAGUACAUGGGCUUUGGACGGGCAUUGCCGCUCGGUCUAGUACCUGAGGGGGGGCACCGUGAUGAAGUUUGGGUUCUUUGUAGUAGGGUCUUGCCUAUGGGGUUUCUAAACAGUGUUGGCAUUGCCCAGCACAUCCAUCGAAACGUGGUCAGAAAGGCAAUGGGGAGUUUGUACCCCCCUCUGGGUGGAGAACAUGAACUUAGACGUGAUCGCCUAUUCAGUCAACUGCCGACCCUUUAUAGAGUUUAUCUAGAUAACUUUGACGAGCUUCGCAAAACUGACCGCCGACUCCAUGAGCUCAUUGGGGGCCAUACUUCUGAGAGCGUGGCACGGUUACGGGAGGCCUAUGCUGAGGCAGGCCUCCCAACUCACCCGAAGAAGACAGUGCGGGAAGUGUCAAGUGCGGAGGUCCAGGGUGCCUGGAUCAAUGGGGAGCAAGGUACCAUGAGUGCGAAGCCUUCAAAGAUUAGCCGCUAUGUGAAGCUGGCCCUUGAACUGGUUGGCCGUGGGGUGGCUAGCCAGAAGGAGCUUCAAGUGGUCGGUGGCGGGAUGGUUUACAUUGCGAUGUUCAAAAGACCGCUGCUGGGAGCCCUAAACCAUUUGUGGCGGGCCAUAGUGGCUCUGGAAGGCCUCCCAAGGGAUCGUCAGUAUCCCCUACCAAGGGAGGCCAUGGUGGAGCUUGUGAGGUUUGUAGGACUGGUCCCACUGGCCUUUAGUAGUUUCAGGUCUGACUUUGACGACAUGGUGACCGCCAGUGUGUUGUCGAUAGGGCUCUUUGAUGGCAUUGCCGCACUCCGGGUUGCUCUGGAUGUGCUCCAGGCACCAGUGGCAGGAGUCGAGCAAGUCGAUGAGGCAAUGGUCACUGAGUGGAGCCUGCGCUUCGGCAUGGUAGGCCUAAUGCUGGUGGGCGCUGGGCCCCCCUGUCAGGGGGUUUCAGGCUUGAACGCCGACAGGCUCUACUGGUUUGACUGGGAAGUUCAAGAAGGCGUAGGUGUUCGUAUGGGAGGCGACAGUCUCCCAACUUUCACUACUUCAAGGCCGUGCAGCGUGCCAAUGAGAAAGCCAGCUGGGUUGAAGGAUUGCCUGGCUCAUGAGGUUCAGAGGUGGAAAUCUGAUAGCCACCGGUUUCCGCCCUAUCAAUACAAGGACAAGCACUGCAUUGACGAGCAAGGGACGCUGAGGCCUCCCAAGGUGUCUGAGCGUGAGGCUAUCAUGGGUUUCCCCAUUGGGUACACCGUGCAAUGCAUGAAGAAGUCAGACCAUGGCUCUAGCGCUCACAACGACUGCAGGCUGACCCUUAUUGGAAACACCUGGCAUGUGGGGGUUGUAGCCUGGCUUUUAAGCCAGCUGUUGGCUCCCCUUGGUCUUAUCAUGCCAGUUUCAGUUCAGGAGUUGGUGGAGCGCCUCACCCCGGGAAAAAAAUGCUCAUCUUCAAGCUUUAUUGCUGAGGCCGCCUGUGGAACAUACCACCCAACCUUUCCUCCCAGUCGUCUCCUGGUUCAAAUGCUGGCCGGGCUUUCGUCGUUGAAAGGGGAGGAUAUUCUGGUGCAACAAGUCACUGAAAUGCCGCUGAGGUAUCAUCGACUGCGACAGAGCAUCCCAGGUAAGCUGUGGCGCUGGCGCAUCAUAUCUGGAUGGCGCGGGGUGGGAAAUCCAGAACACAUCAAUGUGUUGGAGGCACGGGCGACCUUUACCACAUUGAAGUGGACGCUCCUCCUCAAGAAAGCUGAGACGGACGGUUAUGCGGAUUGGAUCUCUUCUUCUGGCGAGCGCUAUCAAACUGGCCUUACCCUCUUCUUCAAGUUCUUGGCAUGGGAGGGUUUGUCUCUCCCAGAAAAACGCGAGGAAAUGGAUGGGCUUGUGAGUGACUAUUUGGAGCACCUGUGGUCCGAAGGAGAAGGCCGUGCCACAGCCAGUAACUUUCUGGCGGCUUUGCAGGACUCCCAGCCCAAGUUAAAGGGAGCUCUACCUGGGGCGUGGCGAGGUGGUGCAACUUUCCUGUUUACCAAAUGCGAAAGCGCCUUCGUCCCGGUGCAGUUGGUUGGAUCACCCAGCGCUUGGGAUUUGGUGACUUCAGAGCUGAAGGGCCCAGUUGCCUAUUUCCCUGUGUGGACCCUUCCAGCCCCCACCCUGCUGGGCAAGUUGGAUUUGCUGCGGCAAUCCUGGCGCCUAAACAAGGUGCUGGACGAUGCUGCUGAGCUGCGCAGCAAGAUAAAGGCCGCCGAUCUCGAGAAAGCCAACCUUGAGCAGGCGCUGGUCUCAGAGAAGGCCCGUAGCGACUCGCUGUCCGAGAGGUUUAGCGCCUCCAACGGUACCACCGAAUCCUCCAAAACGGAGUUGUCCAACCAACAGGACAUGGCAGAAGGUCUUCGGUCGUCAAAUCAACAGCUGCAGGGUGAGCUGGAUGCAGAGCGAACUGCACGGCUGCAAAUCUUGCAUCAGUUGCAGCAACUGAAAAGGACAGAGUUGGAAGAGCUGAAAGAGGUUGGGCAGUUGGACCGCGCAAUCUCUCCCGUCACGCUUGUUCCCCCGAAGCCCUGA